CUUUGCUACUUAAACGUAUCUAUUGUGUUGCCCUCAGUUGUUUGAGUGCGCGUGUAUGUGUGUUGGCAACUAACGUAUACGUUGCCUUUCUCUCCUCGUUGUUUUUGUUCUCAAGAUUUUAGUACAUAUUCCCUUUUUGAUUUCGACUAUCUGAAAUUUAGUUUUGUGUUAUUGUUUUUAUUUUCUUACAAAUAGUAAUUUUUCAGUGCUGGCAAAUACGCCAUAUCGCCGUUCAUAGUUUGUGUGUGUGUAAACUAACUGUAACUAAACAAAGAUAGUAUACUUAAGUUAGUUCACAACAAUACAAUUCACACUGCACUCUCCUCUCUUCUUGCACAUCGCCCCCUUUAUCUUUGUCCCUCUCUAAUGCUCUCUCUCACCCACUCUCUUUCGUUCUUGCAUCCCCUUCUGUGACGUAGUGCCACACCAUUCAUGCUCCACUUUCACACGGGAGAGAGCGAGAACGCCACAGAGCCAGCCAUUAGAGAGGGAGCGAGCUGUGGUGACUCCAAACACAGGGGCGCAGCAAAAGGGGUCACUAAACAAUGACUGGAGGACUCAAAUAACUAUGAUUCGCUAAAUAUUUAAAAUUAAAAAAAAAACAAAGGUCUGUGCCAUCGGAGUUACAAUUCCAUCAGCAAGUUUCUAUCGCCAGAAAGUAACUACUCUUCUCUCUCGAGGACCCCCUCUGUGAUUUUGGCACGGCCCCCCAACUACGCCACUGAUACCCCUCUUGUGGUUAGAAGCUACGUUUGCUGGCGCUGCCUUUUGCUUAGGUUUGUUGUUGGGCUGUCCGUUGCCCGUUGCCAUUUGCCAGUCCGUCGUGGCGUGGUGAGGUGUCCGCUCGCGCUGCCGCUCCCGUUCCCGCUCCCGCUCACUCGGCUCUUGGUUGUGGUGGCCAAGCAAACCGCUUCCGACACCGCUGGCGAUACAAAUACAAUAACUACACUACAGCUGACGCUCCGGCAGAGAAAAUGCGCUGGCAUUUGCAGUUCCAAACGCUCAAAAGACGCUCAAAAAGCACACACCGCCAAGCUCCAACAUUUUCAAUCGGAAUCCACGAAACCAUUUAGAGCGCCACGAUGCCACCGCACAAAUGGACGGACGAGUCGCGGGACGCCUCCUGUUACUACGAGGAUGCGGCCGCAUCCCGCCUCCGCCGGCCGUCCUCAUCCUCCAACUCCUCCGCCUCGGCGGACCGCUCCGACGACGAGGCGGACGACGAACGGGAGGCGUUUUGCUCCGGCGAACGACCGCUAAUCCGUUCCAGCGGCGCUGCGGAGGAAAAUCAUGGCUGUGGCCCAAAGACGCGUCACAUAUUCGGAUUCAUGGGCUUCCUGGGAUUCGCCGUGGUCUACGCGAUGCGGGUCAAUCUGUCGGUGGCCAUUGUGGCCAUGGUUAACCAAACGGCAAUUCCGCACAGCAAUUCAUCGGUGAUUGAUACGGACACGUGUCCACUGCCGGCACCACAUCACAAUGGCAGCGAUCCGAAUCCGCAGAAGGAGGGCGAGUUUGUGUGGGACGAGGCCACACAGGGAUUGGUGCUCGGCAGCUUCUUCUACGGCUAUGUGCUAACCCAAGUGCCCGGCGGACGGAUGGCCGAGCUGUAUGGUGGAAAGAAGAUCUACGGCUAUGGAGUGUUGAUCACGGCGAUCUUUACUCUCAUAACUCCGUUGGCCGCCCACUGGGAUCUGCCGUUGCUGGUCCUGGUCCGCAUCCUGGAGGGAAUGGGCGAGGGCGUCACCUAUCCAGCUAUGCACGCCAUGCUGGCCCACUGGAUUCCGCCGCUGGAGAGGAACAAGUUCGCCGCAAUCGUCUAUGCGGGCUCCAAUAUCGGUACAGUCAUUUCCAUGCCGCUGGCCGGAUGGCUGUGCUCGCUUGACUUCCUGGGUGGCUGGCCGUCGGCUUUCUACAUCUUUGGACUGCUGGGCAUCCUGUGGUUCAUCGCAUGGAUGUACUUGGUGUACGACAAGCCUAGCGAUCAUCCUAGGAUCUCCGAAUCGGAGCGAGAGUAUAUCGAAAGGAGUCUACAGGUUCAGAGGCUAAUAAAUCAGGAUCUAGCGGAGCCCGAGGAAGAGGAGGGAGAGGAUGAAGUGAGUCUACGGGCGCCGCCGGAGGCACCGAUACCCUGGUCAUCGCUGCUUACAUCCGUGCCUCUUUGGGCCAUCUUGUUGACGCAAUGCGGCCAGGGAUGGGCCUUCUACACGCAGCUAACCGAGCUGCCCACCUACAUGAGCAACAUCCUGCACUUUGACAUCCAGUCGAAUGCUCUGCUCAAUGCGGUGCCGUAUCUAACCUCCUGGUUCGUGGGCAUUGCCUGUUCCGCCCUGGCGGAUUGGAUGCUAGCCAGACGCUACAUAUCGCUCCUGAGCUCGUAUAAGCUGUGGAACACGGUGGCCUCGGUGGUGCCAUCACUGGGCCUGAUUGGCAUCAUCUAUGUGGGCUGCGAUUGGGUGUGGGUCACCUUUAUGCUGGCCGGCGUGGGCUCUUUCGGCGGCGCCGUCUAUGCUGGCAACCAGAUGAAUCACAUAGCGCUCAGUCCCCGAUAUGCGGGCACCAUGUAUGGUAUCACCAAUUCGGCGGCAAAUAUCUGUGGCUUCCUGGCUCCGUAUGUCAUCGGGCUAAUCAUCAAUCAUCGCGAGACUCUGACCCAGUGGCAUUUGGUCUUCUGGCUGGCGGCGGGCUUAAAUAUAGCCGGUAACUUCAUCUACCUGAUCUUCGCCAGCGCCGAGGAGCAAAGCUGGUCGAAGACACCACCCACACGCAACUCACGAUCCCAGCGCGCUUGAAGCAAGCCUAACUAUACGCUAUUUUAGCUAGAUCAUAAGCAUUUGUGAUAAUUCCGAUAUAUACACAUAUAUCCUACAUAUGUAUUUGCGCUUGAAGUUUUCCGGAUGCAGGACAAGAAUGUGGCUUCCAAAAAAAAAAAAGAAACGAACGAAACUAGUGCUACCAAAUCGGAAUGGAAAAUCGAAAGGAUGUUAACUGUUUUAGUGUAUUAUAUACGUGUAUCGUCCUUUUAUAUGGACUUUUGUUUUGCUAGGCGUCUUUUUUGUAAACAAGUAUACCAAUACCAACUAUAUAUAUAUAUUUAUAUAUCUAUGAUAUACACGCUCGAAGGCACGUAGAUCUGUCGAAAUAAACAGCACAAACAUAUCGAACUGUGGCACCUGA